AUACAACCUUUUUUUAAAGAUAUUUGCUACCAAGCUUGGUAGUUUCAGUCAGCUUGAACGUGUUUCUCAUCAAUGCAGCACCGGCGCUAUACAACACUAGAAAAAAACUAAACGGGUAGCUGAAAAUUAUAAUCACAGGACACAAUUUUACUUGGAUUUCGAAGAGUGCAACGGAAUGGAAACGGAGACGAAAGCCAGCAGCGAGGAGCAGGCCAAGACGGCGACGCCCGUGGCCAUGGACACCCUAGAUCCGCCGCCGCCAAGCAGCUCGAAGACCCUUAAACGCUGCCUCAGUGUGCCAAUCAUCCGCACGCCCUCAGGGCGACCCUCGCCACACGCACCCAUGACCACACGCGCAGCCGCAGCUGCUGCCGCCGCGGCCAAGGAGCAUGAGCAGACGCCAAAGAAGAACCCACCGCAGCACCAGCAGAUGGAGCACUACUCCUCCAAAUGCAACUCGACCAUCGAUUACUUUGGCAAGAGCAUGCACAUCCGAUCGCAGCCCAAUUCCCGCGAGGUCUCGCCGGCGCCGGUGUUCAAUAUAUUUGCACCACGUGCCCGACGCUACUCGGCCAGCUACAGUCCGAUGUCCACCGCCAACGGAGGGACCAACGGGGCCGCGCUGUGCCUGACGCCUCGCGUCUCCCAGCUGCGACAGGAGGAGUGCGCCGAUCUGAACAGCCGCGAGGUAAACCACGAGCGGGAGGUGCAUCGCGAGAUACAGAUCUCCCAGAGCUGGGAGGACCUUACGCUGGUGGCCGAGAACUGGUCGUGCAAGUCCGACGAGCUCUCCAAUCCGCUGCAGGUCACACUGCCACCGACAGGCAGCACCAGCUGCUCCAGUCCCAGUCCCACCAGCAAUCGGGCGGGCAUGCGACUGCCCUACUCGCCAUCGCCCACGCGGCGCACCUUUGCCACCAGGCGCUCCAUGUCGCCGAUUGCCAUGCGCCCUUCCCAGCUGGGGCCGGUGAAGCGCAAGUUCGAGCUGGACGACAAUCCCGGGGGCAGCAACUGGAGUGUCUACUCGCCGUCGCCCAUGAAAAAGAUGUUUACAGAGAGUCGCGGCUCUUCGCCCGUGUGCCAAUCCCCCUCCUCUGUGUGUCCCAGCCCCGACUCGGGCACCUACGAUGGACGCAUCACCCCUAAGCUGUUCAUCUCCAAGCUGUGCACAAAUAAUGCCGUCGGAGCCGGUGGCCAGAACAACAACAGCAGCAGCUCUGACUGUCCCUCUCCCAGUUCCGCUUCGCCCGGAGCUGGUGGUAGCAGUGGGCCUGGUAUGGAUGCUGGCUCCUCAUCGGAGCCCAUGUGUCUGGCUCUUUCUGGGAGCAGUCAGAGCCAGAGCAUCGAUGAAGGCAUCUCCAUACCGGAGAGCGAGCCCAAUUCUUGCCGCAGUCGCACCUCCUCCAUACUCUCCACGGCGUCAUCGAGCACCCAAGUGCUGGUCAACGAUCUGGCCGACGAUGCCACCCUAAUGGACGAUGCCAAGAGCGAGACCUCAUCGAUCGGGGGCUGUUCCACGAUCAGCAUAGAGUCCUCCUCAUGCGACAGCGGGGCCAAGACGGCGGCCACCUUUCUCAAUCGUCUGGUGGUGGACGACGGUAACUCGCCGCUGGCCCAAAAGAGCUUCUACAUUAACAAACAGGGCCUCUCGGGGGCCAAAAAGUAUAUUGUUAACCAUCACGAGGGUGGUGGUGGUCCCAGCAAGGAUGUGCAGCAAAAGCUUUAAGCAAUCGAGUGGCGGAUUGUAUUGUCCCACAUGUACAUUAAGAUUAUAAAUAAUUUAUAUACUAAAGCACUCCCCAAGAAGUCCCCAAGCCCACUAAGGAUUAAAACCAUUGAUCCCACAUUAUUUAAUAGCUUUGUUGUACAUAGUUUAGUUGUUUGUGUCGUCACAUCGCCUUCGAUUAGAAGCAUAUCAUCAUGUCCUCUCCCCAAGCAAUCCAGUUCCCCAAACGCAAUCCCACAUUAUCCUAGCAAACAUUGGUUUUAAUAUGUUUAGCCUAAGGUUUAGGCAUAGGCAAAAGAGUUAUUAACUUAACAUAAUCCUCUAUAUGUUACUAUAUGUUUUCUUCUACCAAUUUACAAAUUUUCCACUUUUUUUUUGUAUAUUUAUAUAUAAUCCAUAUAGUUAUGGAAGUUUAGUUGUUAGUUAGUAGUAGUCCUCAAUCCCUUAGAUGAUAGCUACCAAGAACCCAAUUUUGCCAAAUAUUUUUCAUUUAUGUAAUCGAAAAUUAUACGUACAUCCAUAUUAUGUGAUCCAAUUAAGUGCGGGGCUACAAACAUACAAAAAUCCCCGCCAUAAACUGAUCGAUUUAUACAAUUACUAUAGUUUUACGAUUCGUUUGUAUUUAUCGUAAGCGAAUUUACGUAGUUUCAGGAAAUGUUAUACCUAGAAAGGAACCACAGAUGGAAAGAAAUGCAUAUUAAACAUUUUUCAAUAGUA